ACGAUGCUUUUCCACACAGAUGGAAAGCACCUGAAACCUCGUCCCAGGAUGCUCCGGGUUUGGGUUUUCACUCUGCUCCUGAUAACCUUCUGCAGAGGUCAAUCUCAGCUGAUUGGCUCUUCAAUAGUAGCAACACUUGGUAAGGACGUGGUUUUGCCGUGUCACCUGGAGCCUGCCGAAGACGCUGCUGACUUGACGUUGGAGUGGACGAGGCCUGACCUCAACCCCAGAUUUGUCCAUGUGUGGCGCUUUGGGCAAGAACUUGCGAGUAAAAAACACAAAUCCUUCGAAGGAAGAACAUCGCUGUUUGUUGAUGAGCUGAUGUUCGGAAACAUUUCACUGAAACUGUCCAGAGUGAAACUCACUGAUCGGGGAAGAUACAGAUGUUUUAUUCCAGCCCUGGACAAGCAGUCUUUUGUUCAACUACAUGUUGGUGCUGUCUCCUCCCCGGUCAUCAGGUUAGCGGGGACUGACCGAGACAAAGGAGGAGCGGUGCUGCAGUGUGAGUCUGGAGGCUGGUACCCAGAGCCUGAGGUGUCGUGGCUGGACGCUGAGGGAAACCUCCUCUCUGCUGGACCUACUGAGACCGUCAGAGGUCCUGAUCUCUACACCGUCAGCAGCAGAGUGACUGUGGAGAAGAGACCCAGCAACAGAUUCACCUGUAGAGUCCAGCAGAAGAUCACCAACCAGACCAGAGAGACAGAAAUCCUCAUUUCAGAUGAUUUCUUUGACCACCUGUCCGGUUCUUCUUCCACCAUCACCGGUUUGGCUGUUAGUUUGGCUGUUUUAGUCAUCCUGUUUGUCCUGUUACUUCUCUUUUCUGUGUGGAAUUGGAGACAAAACAUAAUCAAGACCAAGAGAAGCACUACGUCUGAAGCUAUUAGUAGAGAAGAGAAGAACACAACUGAAAUCAUCAGUGAAGACGAAAGGAAGCCUUUGAAAGGAAAGGGAGAAAAUGAGAGAAAACCUGUAAGUAGAAACAGGAAGUUACUAUUAGUAAAGGGAAUAAAAAACAAGAUCAGGUAAAUAAAGUUUGAUUAGAGCAGGA